AUGCGUGUUAAGACCAUUCAUAGCAAGACAGUGAUACUAAAAAAUGCCAAGGGCAUUCCAGUAAUGGGUGCGAACGAAGUAGAAGUUGCUUCCGAUUUCUAUGAUAUUGACUCUUUACUAUCGAGAUCAGCUAGAGUAGCCUGUAGUUAUAGCAGCGGGACUCCAAGAGACGUUUACGAAAUGCUUGGUACAAAUGCUCCACACUUCACGGAUGAGAAGGGAUACAAAGUCUUGACGCCAUUCUGGUUCGUACGAGCGGUGGAACGGUUUUGUUCUCUGGCGCUUCCGAUGGCUUACAACUCAAAUGUGCGGAAUGUUCUGCUGGCAAACGCGGCGCAUGCCGAUCUUGAUGCACUACAACCAUACUAUUAUGAGAUGGGCAUGCAUUUGUGCAAUUCACUGGGUGGAACAGUAAGUGUGGCCUUAGCGGAAUGCCUACUGAAGACCAUUAUACAACGGAUUGGAGGUAUCGUUGUAAGAGCAAGUCAUGGCAACGAAGCACUUAAGAAAAUGGACAAUCUAGAAAAGAAGUUGUUUGAGGAAAGCGCGAAGAAUCGAGACCAGUUGCACGACUAUUUCCGAGCACAGCGAGCGAAAGGACGGAAACGUCGCUACGAGAAAAGGAGGAAUGAAAAUUAG